AGGAGCAACAGAGGAGAACAAAGAAAAGCUCCCCCCCGGUCACCUAUUGAGUUGUGCCUUUUUAAAGUAAAUAAGGUGAAAAGGAGACUGGAGUACCACUUUAAGAGUAGUCCCUGUACCGGUUAGUCCGGUUAGUCCCCACCCAAACACAAGCGUACCUUGUAUGCCUGAAAAUGGAAACCGAUUGGUAGAAACCAGAGGACAGAGGCUGCUGUAGUGUACCUGGGCACACUGCUUGCGGGGCUGAAUAAUUAUUGGACUAGGCUACACGCGAAAUCAGAUCACUUUUCUCCCAAAUACUUGGAAGAAAGAAGUAGCCUACUAAAGUCGGGAGGCAGUCGAUCCAAAUGUUUUGUCCAUAAACUUUUUUGAACUUUUCCUAUUGUUAAGAAUGAACAACUACACUGCACAAAAGGUCCAUUGAUUAUAGGACAAGGGCUGCUCCGCUGCCACUCUACUGAGAAGGUAUCACGUCGCCAUGACGGAGAAGGACACGCCUUCCUUGGCUGUGACCAAGGCUGCUCUGUCCUCGGGCUCAGAGAAGGGAGGAGGUGGAAUUGGAGAGGGACAGCCUGAUGCCAGUAGUACCUACUCUGAUCUAUCGGCACUGGCCAACCUGUUUGAGAGUGAGGAGGGCUCCCAGUCAACUCCGGACCUGCCCCAGGACCCUGCUCAGAAUCUAGCCCGACCAGGCCAGCUGCAGCCAGGGGACGGUCGACAGAACCUCCGCAUGAAGUUCCACGGUGCCUUUAAGAAGGGCAUCUCCAACCCCAUGGACUUGCUGGAGUCUACCAUCUAUGAGUCACCUGUGGUGACUGGCCCCAAGAAAGCCCCCAUGGACUCACUCUUUGACUAUGGUACCUACAGUCACACCAACAACAAAAAGCAAGGCAGGAAGAAGCUCCUACGAGGUAAGACUGAGAUGUCCUGCGAUGAAGGUGUGGACCCUACAGGCUCAGAUCCACCCAUGGUGAUUAAAGAGUUUAACCGCACGCUGCUCUUCGAUGGCGUGUCACAGGCCGACCCAGAGGCCCUUUCAGGCCUGCUGGAGUACCUGCAGGGUCACGACAAGAGGCUCACUGACGAGGAGUUCAAAGAACCUUCUACAGGUAAGACUUGCCUGCCUAAAGCCCUUCUGAACCUGUACAACGGUCAGAAUGACACCAUCCCUCUGCUGAUGAAUAUCGCAGAACAGACAGUCAACCUCCAUGAUUUCAUCAACACACCCUUCAGAGAUGUCUACUACAGAGGCCAGACGGCGCUCCACAUCGCCAUCGAGAGGCGCUGUAAGCAGUAUGUGGAGCUGCUGGUGGAGAAAGGGGCAGAUGUCCACGCCCAGGCCCGCGGACGCUUCUUCCAACCCAGGGACGAGGGGGGCUACUUCUACUUUGGCGAGCUGCCUCUUUCGCUGGCAGCGUGCACCAACCAGCCAAACAUGGUACACUACCUGACCGAGAACGCCCACAAGAAAGCCGACCUUAGACGGCAGGACUCACGUGGUAAUACUGUGCUGCACGCCCUGGUGCACAUCGCCGACAACACUCGGGACAACACCCGCUUCCUCACUAAGAUGUAUGACCUGCUGCUGACCAAGUGUGCCAAGCUCUACCCAGAAGGCAGUCUGGAGGACGUGCACAACAACGACGGCAUGUCGCCCCUGAUGAUGGCGGCCAAACUGGGAAAAAUCGGGGUUUUCCAGCACAUAAUUCGCAGGGAGAUCAAGAACGAGGAGGCACGUCACCUCUCGCGGAAGUUUAAGGACUGGGCGUACGGUCCCGUGUACUCCUCCCUGUACGACCUCUCCUCACUGGACACCUGUGGAGAGGAGGUGUCCGUGCUAGAGAUCCUGGUCUACAACAGCCGCAUUGAGAAUCGCCAUGAGAUGCUGGCUGUGGAGCCCAUCAACGAGCUGCUGAGAGCCAAGUGGCAGAAGUUUGCUGCCGUCACCUUCUACAUCAGUGUUGUGUCCUACCUGUUGACCAUGAUCAUCUUCACCCUGGUGGCCUACUACCGCCCAUCCCAGGGAACGCCUCCGUACCCCUAUACCACCAACACAGACUACCUGCGUAUGGUAGGGGAGAUUGUCACCCUGUGCUCUGGAGUCUUUUUCUUCCUCACCAAUAUUAAGGACUUCUUACUGAAGAAAUGCCCUGCGGUGAACUCACUAUUUGUCAAUGGAUCUUUUCAACUGCUCUACUUCAUCUACUCUUUGCUGGUGAUAGUGACUGCGGCCCUCUACCUGUCGGGUAUCGAGGCCUAUGUGGCUGUGAUGGUGUUUGCGUUGGUCCUGGGCUGGAUGAACACUCUUUACUUCACCAGAGGCCUGAAGCUCACCGGCACCUACAGCAUCAUGAUACAGAAGAUUCUCUUCAAAGAUUUGUUCCGGUUUCUGCUGGUCUACCUGCUCUUCAUGAUUGGAUACGCAUCAGCUCUAGUGUCCCUCCUGACAGUGUGCCCCGGGCCGGAAGAGGUGUGUCCAGAGAAAGGUGGCUGCCCCACAUACCCCCAGUGCCGGGACACUAACACCUUCAGCAAAUUCCUGUUGGACCUGUUCAAACUGACCAUCGGGAUGGGCGAUCUGGACAUGGUCAGCAGGACUCAGUACCCGGCUGUCUUCCUCAUCCUGCUGGUCACCUACAUCAUCCUCAGUUUUGUUCUACUGCUCAACAUGUUGAUCGCUCUGAUGGGAGAGACGGUGAGCCAGGUGUCCAAGGAGAGCAAGAAGAUCUGGAAGCUGCAGUGGGCUACGACCAUCCUGGACAUCGAGCGCUCCUUCCCUGUGUGUCUGCGGAAGUCCUUUCGGUCUGGGGAGAUGGUGACAGUGGGGAAGAACUGGGACGGCACCCCUGACUGCCGCUGGUGCUUCAGGGUGGAUGAGGUCAACUGGUGCCACUGGAAUCAGAACCUGGCCAUAAUCAACGAAGACCCGGGCAAGAACGUAACAGAGACCCUCCAAACCUCCAGUACAGUUCAUCAAACUGUCCGUGGCCUGAGGAGAGAUCGUUGGUCCACGAUGGUGCCGCGGGUUAUGGAGCAGAAUAAAAGGCAGCAACCACGGGAUCUAGUAUUGGAAAUGGAGCCACUGACCUCCAGACAUUGAACCUGUGCAUGGCCAAUGGGGGGCCCCGGGUCCUUAAGAACACCCUGCAGAUCGGAGGUUAUCAUACUCAAACGGACAAAAAAGUGUUGGGCCACAAAGUUUGCCACUUUGCACAAAACUCUGUUGCCAAAAAUAUGUAUUUAAGUAUUAUAAGAAAAUCAAACAGAUUUUUAGAACGUUAUGAAUCUAACGUAUGUUCAAGCCAACCAUUCAUUUCUCUAAAUAGGAUUCUACUUGAUGGUAUUAACUCAGGGGGAAGGUGCAUCUUUACCUGGUCGCUGGUUCGAAUCCCCGAGUUGACUAGGUGAAAAUUAUGUUAAUGUGCCUUGAGCUAGGAACCUGUAUGUACAGUUGAAGUUGGAAGUUUACAUACACCUUAGCCAAAUACAUUUAAACUCAGUUUUUCACAAUUCCUGACAUUUAAUCCUCGUAAAAAUUCCCUGUCUUAGGUCAGUUAGGAUCA